AUGGCAGAGUUAUGGUUCGAGGAAGAAGAAGAAAUGCAGGAUGCAGGCAUUUGGGAGUACGACUCUGAAGAUGAAAUCAUGGAUGGCAACCAAGAAGAACAACAACAGCAACAACAGACAGACACUGAUGUUCAACACACACAAAUGCAACAGCAAGCUGAUGAAGGGACUCAUAGUGUAUGCAGAAAGCAAUUAACAUUGCAGCAAAGAAGGAAAAUUGUAGAUGCACUUUUAGUGAAAAUGAACAAUGGGACAUUACCAAGGGGUCACAUGAAGCAAUUAUCAUCUGAAUUCAAUGUUCACAAAUCAACAAUCACAAGAAUCUUCACAGACAUAAAAAGGCAGCUGGCAUUAGGGGACUUGAUUGAUGUCAGGAGUAAAAAAAUUGGCAAAACAGGGAGAAAGCCAUUGCAAAUUUCUGAUGAAACUCUCCAGUCAGUCCCACUACAUUUAAGGCAGACAGAAAGGAGCUAUGCAGGAGCAUUGAAGAUCAGUCUUAGUACAGUUCACAAUUUGAAGAAGAGGGGAAGGCUAAGAACACACACAUGCUGCAACAAACCAUUGAUGACAUCAGACCAUAAGGUUGUCAGAAUAAGAUGGAUUUUGUCACAUAUAAAUCCAGUUACAGGGAAUGAGGACCCCACAUUUGUUGACAUAAGGAAUGUCAUACACUGUGAUGAGAAAUGGUUCUACUUGAACCUUGAUAAAAGGAGGUUUUAUCUACUGCCAAGUGAGGAGGAUCCUUACAUGGCAGUUCAGUCAAGAAGAUUCAAGCUCAAGGCUAUGUUCAUGGCAAUUAUAGGGAAGCCAUUAUAUGGCACAAAUGGAGAAAUGUUACAUGAUGGGAAGUAUGGCAUCUUCCCAUUCACUGUCCAACAACUAGCACAGAAAUCAAGCAAGAAAAGAGCAAGAGGGACUAUGGAAACAAAGGCACUCCAGAAAUAUAAACAGAGAAGUAAUCAGAGAGAUGCUGCUAACAAGGGUCAUUCCAGCAAUCAUCCAGCACAGUCACCUGACUUGAAUGUCCUUGACUUAGGGCUUUUUAGGUCUAUACAAUAUUUGCAAUAUCAGUCUUUUCCUAGGGACUUAGAGGAGCUGGUUGAAAAGGUCAUACAGUCUUAUGACACAUUCAACCCCGAUGUUAACAAGUACAUCUGGGUAACAUUGCAAAAAUGCAUGAUUAAGAUACUCAAGGCAGAAGGUGGUAACAAGUACAAAAUACCACAUAUGAACAAAAAAAGGCUGGAAAACCUUGGCAAUCUUCCAGAAUUAGUAGAGGUUCAGAAAGAGGUAGUACUGGAGGCUGUGGACUACCUAAACACUAUGUUUAGGCCAGCAAAUCAAGGCAAUGAAGAAGUCAAUGAAGAUUUGGAGGUGGAUGCAGAUUAG